AUGGAUGCCUUUUCCUCGGCGGAAGCGAAGCGAUUUCGACAGAGGAUGAUCUUCCACUGCGCGACAACGGUGGGCUUCACGUGUGCUGUCUACUUGAUGGGAGUUCUGCGCGCAGUUCUGGAGCCCUUCUUUUGGGCCCUCUUCCUGGUCACCGCGCUGGUGCCGUUAGCUAGGUUUUUUGAAUGCAUACUUCUGCAAGUCGGACAGCUCUUCUGUGGGCGCUUCAGCCAUAGCCGGCCCAGGUCGCGCCCGCCAAGCAGCCUCCGGAGUGGCGGUGACCGCUUUCAGAAUCUCCUGGUACAGCUGCAAGAGGAGUACGAGAGAGAGGUCCGGCGUCUGAAGGCGGACAACGAACGCCUGCUCGAUGAGGUUCGGCGUUUAGGCGGCAAUCCUGCAUCCCAGGAGCUCCGGCAGGUCGCGCUUCCGCAUGCCGAAGCCCCCAAGGUCAUGUUGGAGAACAACUUGGGCAAAUCAGAGGACAUCAUGAUCAGCUCCAGCGAUCCUGCCGAGAGCAUCUUUGUGGAGGUAACUCUUCACGGUCUCAAAGGCUUGCCUCAGGAGCUGGUGUCCAAUGCAGUGGCGCAGCUUUCCGGAGGAGAGGGGCUAAGCUGCCAGGCAGUCGCUGUGGUCGGCGCAGAGCAAGCCAGGUCGGAGUGGCUGCCCUUGCAGAGAGAGAUGUGGAAGGCGAACCCAAAUUCCGUGGGCAGCGGUGAGGUGACAUGGGAAGGAAUUUGGGAAUCGACCGGUGUCCUGAAUCUCUGCAUUCCUUCCGAUACCCAGACAAUCACGGUGGAAUUGUGGCUUCCCGGCCAGAAACAAGCAAUGGCGACUGCUAACAUCCGCAGGGGCGCCAGCAGGCAAGCUUGGAAGUUAGACAGUGGAGGCUUUCUGGAGGCUGAAGCAGAUGCAGGUGGCAAACGCAAAGGCAACAGGAUGUCAGCCAGGAUGUCGUCCCUAGAUUCUGGCGACAGGCUCAAGUUCAUCACUCCCCAGCCGGGCACCAUCACCAAACUUAUGAAGUUGUUCAGGGUGCGGGAUGAAGCGGCCAAGGUGGUGAUGGCUCGAGACCUUGCCAGCGCACUGAAGACGACGAUGCACAAGCAUAAGCACCUCCAAGUGCCCCUGGAGCAGACACAACUCGAGGAAGUGAUGCACAAGCUCAAGGAUGUCCAUUCCGAAGCCUUUGAGACCGAAUCGGUGAUCCAUCCGAAGAAGUCGGGCUCCCAUGGGCCUUCGAUCAUGCCUUGGAAAGGAUUCCUGAACUGCUUGCUGCUGGAGAAGCUGCCGGACUACGCAACGGAUCAGCUCGGCCUCCGUUUGUUCAUCAUCCAGAAGUGCUUGCUUGGUGAUGACUGCCCUACCAACAUGACCUCCCAGGUUCUCAUGCAGGCCUACGACAAGGUCAGAAAGCCUGUCACGCAUUGGGAGAGAACCGUGCUGCUUGUGACCGCAGUCUCCACCUUUUUGAUUGCAUGCAGCUUCAUUGCGACAGGUGUCUCCUUGGACUAUUCGCCCAACUGGAGUGGAUGGUUCUAUGUGGACACGGGCUUUGCCGUCAUGUUCGUGUUCGAGGCCAUGGCACGAUCAUGA